AUGUCGGACAAAAUUGAAGCCCAGCAAGAACCAGAACUUACAGACGAGAAAAUCCCACAAUCAGUCACUUCGAUCCCUCCCAUGGCGGAAGCUGAACAAGCCCAACAACAACCCGGAUCCACCUCCACCACGCCGAAAUUCUCCAAUGUUUCCUUCAGCAUAUGGCCACCUACUGAGCGCACUCGGGACGCAGUCAGAAAUCGCCUGAUCGAGACCCUUUCUUCUCCUUCAAUUUUAUCCAAGCGUUACGGCACUGUUCCACCCGAAGAGGCGGCGGAUGUGGCGACCAGGAUCGAGAAGGAAGCGUUUUUGUCCGCUGGGGCUGCUGCGACCACUGACGAUGAUGGGAUCGAAAUUCUUCAAGUUUAUUCCAAAGAAAUCAGUAAGAGGAUGCUGGAUACUGUGAAAUCCAGAUCUGAUGAAGCGGAGCCCGAGAGCAAGCCUGUUAAGGAGCCGGAGGUGGAGAGCAAGACGGAGGAGCAGAAGGAGGAGGAGGAUGUGGGAUCCUCUGCUCCGCCUCAAAGUGAGAAAACCGAGUCUGUUGUUGAUGAUGAGUAA